AAAAUAAAGAGUAUCAAAUAACAUACGAAACUUUCCCUGAGCAUAGAAUUACAAUAAUGCUGCGUUCAGUUUUUCGUGUCGCCAUUGUCAUAAUAUGUUUCAAAACAUGUUUCUGUGAAAAUUGUGAACUGCUGAAAAAGGGUCCUGCAAAAUUAACAUUUCAAGAACGAAGGAGCCAAUACUCAUACUACAGAGAAGAAAAAAACCUCUGUUGGAUGCUACAAGUUCCACCAAAUUCAGUUGCAAUUUUGAGAUUCGACAGACUUGAAUUUUCUUCCAGCUCUUGUUCCGAAUCUUUUGUUAAAGUUUCUGAAUGGGGUGUUGCCAAAUCCACAAAAGUAUCUUCUUUCUGCACUACCACUUCAAAUCUACCCGUGAUAAUCUCUCCUCAUGAUGUUUUUAAUUCAAGUAUUUCUUCAUGCAUCGCAUUCAGGAGCAUUUACAAUCACUUAUUACACAGAAAGCUCUGCGUGCUUUAAGGAAGAUGUGUUUUAUUGCUCGAAUACAGUUUGCAUACCAAGUCAUAAAGUUUGUGAUGGCAUCAAGGAUUGUGAAAAUGGAUCGGAUGAAAAGUCAUGCAAGACAGGAAUUUUUUCCGUUGAAGGUUUUGAUGUGAGCCGUGAUAAAGCUGCUGCUUGGUUGGAGAAAAACCUGACUGAUGGUUCUGGUUGGGAAAGCAAUCUUCAUCGAGGAAUAGUGGCAUUAUAUUUAUCGGGUAAAAUAAACCUCUCCAAGAACUACUCUAAUCAUGAGUUAAUGGUGAAACAGUUGCAAGUUCAAACAACAAUGGCAUUAUUGAGAAAUUCUACGGAACCAUUAUCUAUUAACAAACUAAGCAUGAUUGUGAACGCUCUUCUGGUAGUCUGCCACAAUCCAAGGAACUUUUAUGGGUUUGAUUUGGUGCAACUUUUGAUGGAUGCCAUAAAAAACUCCGAAGAUCUCAUCAGCCCAGUUGCCUAUCUUGCGCUUUGCAACGCUCAUGAACCUUUGCCUCAAGAUGGAAUUGCUCAACUUAUACAAGUAUUGGAGAACGCUACAGAUGCGGAAUAUCUUUUUGUUUCUGAAAUUAAAGCCAUAGCUGUUAUGACUUUGUCUUGUGUUUUGAAUAAUGGACAGAAAGCUGCGUUGAAUGAAAGCGAUUUAGAAAUUUAUGAUGAUGCUGUCGAGCAACUGAAACAGCUUCAGCGUCAGCGUCAAGACGGAAGUUUUGGAAACGUUUAUACGACAGCUCUGAUUAUUCAGGCAUUGUUUUCAAGAGGAGAAGAAAGUGCUUCUGACUGGAAUUUAAAAGAUGCUGUCAAAUAUUUAAUGAAGAAUUUGGAUUCACAGGAUUUCCUUUCUACCUAUAUGAUAUUACCAGUUCUCAACAGGAAAAGCUUAGCAGAUAUUGCUAGCAUAAACUGUACUGGAUAUCCAGGAUAUAAGAAAGGGAAUGCAGUGUCAGACGUAGCCUUCAAUCGUGGACCGAAAGUGAGAGUUCAGUACUCACUGUAUUUAGGAAAAAACAGAGAUAUUAUCCAUACAAUUUAUUUAACAGUUCCUGUAAACAGUUCAGCCUAUGAAAUAAUGGAAAUUGCUGCAGUUGCUGAUUCAAAGUAUAAAUUUCAUUGGAAAUCCAUGUCGGGGAAAAUUUAUGUGUUUGAAAUAAAUGGCUAUGUUAACGAUCCAGAAGCUGGUUUUUUCUGGCUGACGUAUCUCACUGGACCACGCUUCAACAACACUUUCAUUAAUUACAAAGCCAGUCCAGAUGAAAUAAAAAUUCAAGAAAACGAUCAUCUAAUUAUGUGGUAUAAAUCAGCUCAUUUGUAAUUUCACUUUUUAUGCAUUCUAAUAAUAAAAAUAAAACUAAA